GAGCAGGAGGAUUAUCUUGGAGACGUCACAUUUACGGCGUGUUAUGUUUUUGUUUUUUUCGUCAGAAAGAAGACGCAUUUUUUUAUUAUUAUUAUGAGUUUUUCUUCAACUAAUUAGACUUAUCUAACCAGCACAUAACCUGAAGAGGCGUGAACUUUUGAAAAUUUGAUACCGCCGAAUAAAAACAAAGAAGAAAAAGGACAUCUGUCGUCAUGACGACCAAGAGUGGCCUUAUAACUGACUCAUUUAAAGUCGUGAAGAAAGAAAGAAAAGUGACAAAAAAAGAUAAGGGACCCAUUGCUCCUUCAUCACAGGACACUGUGACUGAAACAUGCCAACAUGAAGAGCAACAGAAACUGCAACAGUUUGACCUUGACUGGAGAUUCGGGCCCAGUACAGGGAUCAGCAGGCUGCAGAGAUGGGAGAGGGCAAAGCUGCAUGGUUUGGAUCCACCUGAGGAGAUCCGGGACUUGCUUCUACAAAACCAAACUGAUCCAGAGUACAAUCUAAGCUUAUGGCGUGAAUAUCCCUUGUGAGGACCAACGAAGAAGAUAACUUCACUAUCAAGGAUUGUAUGUUAACAUACUUGCACUGAAUGUAUAAAGGGUGUCGCUAAAAUCUGGAAAUAUAGUAUACAUAAUACAUUAUACUAAAAUAAAUAAUAAUAAACUAUAAAAACACAAAAUCAUUGUUUUGACAAUUAAAAUUAAAUACUUUAACUUAAAUAUAAUAUAAAUACCGGUAAUUGAAAUGUUUUAAAUAAAAUAAUGAUAGAAAUAAAUAUUUAUAUUAUAUAGGAUAUGAAUAUAAUAAAUAGAAAAAAAUACGACACCCUGUAGUUUCAUACACUACCGGCAUACACAAUCUAAGGAUUUUGAAUACAGCUUGGACAGUUACGACAUUUUAACAGUCAGAGGAGUAAUCAUUUAGAAACAAUUUAAUUCUUGCAUUUGUAUUCUGCAAUGGUGAAACAUGUCAUAAUCUCUCAUAAUCAUUUUCUAUACCGCUUGUCCUCAUUAAUGUAAGCCGGAGCCUAUCCCAGCUGGCUUCGGCUACUGCGGAAAUAUAAAGCAACUGUCCAUUGUCAGAAAAGUCUAACGUGUACAAAACUGUAUGUUCCUUCCCAGCAGGCAUUAGACAUUGAUGCAAUGUUGUUUUUAUACAUACAUGUCCUUUAAAACUGACUUUGAAACAACAUUGCAAUAUAGUAGUAUUUGUAAAUUCAUACAAUUUUGAUGUCCAACAUUGGAUCCACAUUGUUGGUUGGGAAAUGACAACAUUUCAAUGGUCAAAUCAAUGUUGCAACCUGACAUUGAAUAAUUAUAAUAAACGUAGUCAAAAAGCAUGUUGUUUCAACAUUGCAUUUGUGUUGUAGAAUAUUAGUUGGGAAAUGGCCAAAUUUCAGUGGUCAAAUCAACGUCAGAACUCAUCAAAAAACAUGUUGUUUCAACGUUAUGUUUGAGUUGCUUAAUGUCAGAACCUAAUUCACCAAGUUCUCAAUGUAGUUUUAAUCUCUUGUGUUCGCUGGGUUAUUAUGAUUGUAGUUUUUAGUGCAUUCCAUGCAAGCUUUUAUUGUUGUAGUUCCUGUAAACACGUUUCCUGUGACCAGUGUUCACACCUGGAAGAUGCCCGGUAUCAUCCAAACUUCUAGUGGUUCCCUGUGUAGACAUGAGUCCUCCAUUUCUGCGCUAGUACUUCCUUUUUAUCUUAUUCCUAGCUUUUGCACAUUUAGUGUCCUUCACCCUCUUUUACGGAUUAGUUUUUGUUCCUUGUUUCUCCGGCGUAUUCCUGGACUAACUUGUUGCUCUAUUCCUGGCUACUAAAUGGUAAAUGGGUAUAUAGCGCUUUUCUACCUUCAAGGUACUCAAAGCGCUUUGACACUAUUUCCACAUUCACCCAUUCACACACACAUUCACACACUGAUGGCGGGACCUCCCAUGCAAGGCCCUAACCACGACCCAUCAGGAGCAAGGGUGAAGUGUCUUGCUCAAGGACACAACGGAUGUGACUAAGUUGGGAUCGAACCAGGAACCCUCAGGUUGCUGGCACGGCCACUCUCCCAACCUCGCCACACCGUCCCCUACCAAAACCCUCUUCACUUCUAGUUUGGAUGUUGAUUGUUAUUUUGAUUUCUAUACUUUUUUCACAGAUCUGUCUGUGGAUCUUUGUACUUUAUUUUCAACACACUUAUAUCUGCCGUUGUUUGGGUAUUUUGCAUUACCUUAAAUAAAUGGUUUGUGGUU